AUGGAUCGGGCAAGCCGUCUCAGCGCCGAUCAGCUCGAGAAAUAUGGCUAUCGCAAGUCGAGAAUCAUUGAUCACAACUUGGAUCAUGCCUCGCUCGAAACUCGGUGUCCUCUUGAUAAUGGACGGCACACUGGUCGCUGGAAGCAUCGAGCGGGCAGGCUGGAUCGGCUUCCGCUUGAGCUCAUCACCCAGGUCCUCUUGUCGCUGGAUCUGCCGUCCCUAACUACGUUUCGGCGCGUAAAUCGUCGGGCGAUGGCCCUUGUCGAUUCGUUACGCCAGUACUCCAUGCUCUUUCGCCACUGCCCCAACAUCCUUCGGGCGAUUCUUAGCAUGGAGGCGAAGCACUUUGACUGCGCUUUCCUGUUCCAGACCGUGUCGACAACCAAGUGUGCAAGCUGCGACCGUGUCGGGGACCAUCUCUACCUCAUCACCUGCAAACGCGUCUGCUACGACUGUUACAGCUCAGACCCAUUGUAUUUUCCUGCAUCUGCCACGCUGGUGACGAGGAAAACUGGCGUCCCGAGAAAGUCCCUCAAGGCUUUGCCCCACGUCAGGAGUCUUCCAGGACGCUACACCGCGUUCGACAAGAUAGCCCGAGGCAGGGUCAUGCUUUUGGACCGCCAGUCCCUUCGGGACAGGACAACGACUACGGGGUCCUCUGCUCAGACGUUGGAUGAGGCGCUCGAACAAUGCGACCUCAAGACGACCGAACCUCGACGAUACAUGUCCAUCAUUUCGGCACCCUUCUUCGACUCAUCAGGUCUCUCAGCCGACUGGGGCUUUUAUUGCCUGUUGUGCUUGGACGAUACGGAACCGUCGACAUAUUUCAGGAACAAGUAUACAGAAGACGGCUUUGCAGAGCAUUUGGCAAGAUAUGGGCUCAAUCACGGUCUGCAACGAUCCAGGGAAUAA